AUGAAUCUCGGACGGAAGAAACGAGCUUUUAUUGGAAUCUCAGUAUUCAUUGUCAUUCUGAUAAGCAUCUCCAUCUACGAGCAACAAACAAGUCCUGAAGAGUUCCAAAAAGCCGCCCGAGAGUCCCUGAUCCGUCACCUCUCUUCCUGGGAGAAUAGUGAAGGAUCGAAUUCUAGCGCUCAAGAAUCCUUCCCUUCCCGAAAUCCGCGAAUAAUCAAGCACUGCCGCAAUACUGUUCAAGGGAAAGAGAUGAUCACUGAUGAAUUUGGCGCGAUUUGCAAACGAGAAAAUGUUCUAGAUUCAAAUGGCUGUUGUGGACUGAAAGAUGCAACGCAGUUUUUUUGCGAUGGAUGUAACGAAAGAGGCUGCUGUGGAGAGUUUGAGAUUUGUGUUUCUUGCUGUAUGAAGCCUCAGAACAAGGCUGCGUUAGUUGCGUUUAUAGAAAGCGCGAUCGUCUUUGUCGAGCAUUUCUUUCUGUCAAUUUCCGACCAGUUCGAUCUCUGUCUCUCAAAAUGUCGCACCUCAUCGCUCUCAGUCCAGCACGAAAAUACCUACCGAGAUCCCGUCAACAAAUUUUGCUAUUCUGAGCUUCCUCCCUUGCUGAUCUUCAACGAAUAA